GGAGAUCAACAAACCACAGAGAGAUAAAUAAAUAUUUCAAAAGAGACCCCAAAGAAGCUAAUAAUUACAGUUUCGCCGCAAAGUUUACAUUUCUAAGCAUUUAACACCGACAUGUGUGGAGGAGCUAUAAUCUCCGAUUUCAUCCCACCGCCGAGGUUCCGCCGCGUCACGAGCGAGCAUCUCUGGCCGGAUCUGAAAACCAAAAAGGGGAAAGCUUCGAAGAAGAAUCGAUCCGAUUUCUUCGAUCUUGACGAUGAGUUCGAGGCUGAUUUUCAAGGGUUUAAGGAUGAUGCAUCGUUCGAUUGCGAAGAUGAAUUCGAUGUUGAUGAUGAUGAUGUCUUCGCUGACGUCAAGCCCUUUGUUUUCACUACCAAGCCCGUAGCUUCCCCUCCUCCCACUGGUUCAGUUUCUGGCAAGAAAACCAUAGAGUCUAAUGGGCAAGCUGAGAAAUCUGCGAAGAGAAAGAGGAAGAAUCAGUACAGGGGGAUUAGGCAGCGUCCUUGGGGCAAAUGGGCCGCUGAGAUCCGUGAUCCUAGAAAAGGCUCCCGGGAAUGGCUUGGAACAUUCGACACCGCUGAGGAAGCAGCAAGAGCUUAUGAUGCAGCUGCACGCAGGAUCCGUGGCAAUAAAGCUAAGGUGAACUUCCCUGAGGAGAUGGUUCCUAGCGUCUCCCAGAAACGCCCUUCUGCUAAGAAGCCAGUGACUAAACCAAACAAAACCCCAACUUUGGUUCAGCAGCCAAGUCAGUACUGCAACAACUCCUUUGGUAAUGUGAGUUUCAUGGAAGAGAAGCCUCAGAUGUACAACAACAAUCAGUUCUUUGAUGUUGGAGGCAACAAUGGAUACCAUUAUUUCAGUUCUGACCAGGGCAGUAACUCAUAUGGCUGCUCUGAGUUUGGGUGGAGUGAUCACGGCCCCAAGACACCUGAGAUCUCUUCAAUGCUAGUCAACAACAACCAAGCUCCUUUCAUUGAAGAAACCAAUCCAUCCAAGAAGCUCAAAACCAGCUCUGAGGACGGGACAAACAACAAUGAUAGCUCUGAUGAUGACCUGAUGGCGUACCUUGACAACGCCUUGUGGGAGUCUCCAUUAGAAGUGGAAGCUAUGCUCGGCGUAGAUGCUGCUGGUGUGACUCAGGAAGAGGGAAACCCAAUGGAUCUGUGGAGCUUAGAUGAUAUCAACUCCAUGCUGGAUGGUGGAGCCUUCUGAAGUGAUUGAUGGGUUGCCUUAGUUUGUAAAUAAAGCUGUGUGUGUGUUGGGUUUUGCUGUUGGGGGAAGUGG